AUUUGAAUUGAUAUAAAGCCAGUUUCAACACUUCAGUUAUAGUUGGUGAAUGUAAGCAUGUUACAGAGAUAUUGCUUGAGCUCAUGUUGCCUUAUUGCACAUUGUCACGGUUUGUUUGCUUGUAUUUAUGAUCCCUUAUGUGUGCGUGUUAUUGUUUAACAGUAUUCAUGGAAUUUGGAAUUGGAAUACGUGUAUGGAAAUUCGGAAUUGAUUCACGAUUGGAUAUUGAUAUGUGGUUCACACCAUAUGAAGAAACAAUAUGAAAUUUUGAGGAUGAAUUAGGCGAACAAAAUCCCGUGGAACCUGUCACGUGUUAAUUAUUUAUCGUCGACAUCACAGCAACUUCAGUCACGGCCUUUGAUAGUUUAGAUGUCUUGAUAAUUUGAGCGUCAUUGCAUGGUUACCUAGAUAAGAGCUAUCUUUAAAAAACAUCCUCCCAACGACAGGAUUGAGUUUUUACAUCAAAAGAAUGGCGGGAAUACCAGAUAAUGGAAAUUCUGCAGCAGCUGGUCAUCGUCUGAUCAUCUGGUGUGUUCCGCGCUCGGGAUCCACUGCUCUGCUGAAGUGUCUUAGCUUCCUGCCGGAACAUCCGACGACCAAAGACAGCAAUGAUCUCGCUACCUGCAGCUAUGAAAAGGACGAUGAUUUGAGAACAGUUACGACAACGGAGAAUGGUGCAGAGGUUUGGUUUGAGCCCUAUAACAUGUCCCGUUAUGUCAGGAUGGCAAGCAGGAAAGUCCACAACGAGGAAUUGCCGACAGAACUCGACGGCAACGAAGACAAGUACUAUCGCGCCCUCAAAGCGGUGGAGCUCAUGUUGCCGUUGGUACCAGGAGGAUUGAAAAAUCCGAAUCCCUAUUUGAUAUCACUCAAAGGAAUCCAACAAACACUGGAGAAUUCUCAGAGCAAGAUCGUAGUCGUAAAAGACAUGGCAUCUGGUAUCCAUGGUCAUUUCAACUUCAUCCCUGCCGGAUUCCGUCACGUAUUCCUCAUCAGGGAUCCGAGACAGGUGUUCCCUUCUCUCCGGAAACUGUUCGUUGGUUUCCUCAAACUUGACGAAGAGGCCAUGUCUAAAGCGGACAUUCAGAAGUUCCACCCUUUCUACGCUGCGCAUCACUGGUUUGGAGAGCUAUACGACUUGUGGAAGCACGUGAGGUCGACAUUCGACCCAAACCCCUUGAUCCUGGACACUGCGGAUCUCCUGCGCCAUCCAGAAUCAUGCUUGAGGAAGAUCUGUGAGGCAAUUGGUGUUGGAUAUCAGGAGGGUCUUCUCGAGUGGAGUGCAUCAGUAGAUGUGGUUGGGAGGUGGAAGAACGGGGUUUCAGAGUCACUCAGUGCCGAUAAUGUGCUAGAAACGAUGGGUAUGAAGCGGGCGUUUGAGAGCAGUCGUUUUGUUCCUCCAGCCGCAACACAGCCUCCUAGUGCGCCCUCUACGCUGACCCAAGACUGCAUCCGUAUUACGAAGGAAUGCGAUGGAUGGUACAACGAGAUGUACGAACAUCGAUUUGUACCUAAAUGAUGACUAGUUUGACGCGAUGAAAAAUAUAAGUAGACCUAGACGUAAAUAAAUUGGGACAAUUGACUCUCUGUAUUUCUGAGAAGUCCAUAAGUUUGAUGGAUAAGAAGCAGAUACAACAACAGAGAAAGAAAACAAAAGUACCAAAAAUAAGUACAAAUAUGCUCUAGUACUCAUAGAUUACAAAAACACCAAAGUCGUACAGAGUGAAACAGUGUAGAUCUCUUAUACACGCAUUGGUCUGACGUCAUACAGAGUUAGAUCGGGAAGGUUUUCCCAGAUCUGCCUAUUAAAAUUAAAUAUUGGCCGAUUAUAGAUAAAUUAUGUUGGUCUGCAUAAGCUCUAAAUCUAUACCUCUUCAGAAUUUACAA